AUGCGUGACGCCCACUCAGAUGCUGCCCUGGCAGCAGCCUUGUUCAGGGUCCAGGUCUCCUGCACAUCCGAGACGCUGAGCAGGGCUGGCCGCCAAGUGGGGCUGGCUGCUGUGCUCACCUGCCUUCUGCUGCUGGGGGCCGGGGGACUGUGCUUCUUCGCAUUUAGUGGUGGAAGGAAACCUGUCCCACUCCCCACAGCCCUGACGCACUCCCCACAGCCUGUCCCACUCCCCACAGCCUGUCCCACUCCCCACAACCCUGACGCACUCCCCACAGCCCAUGGCAUCUGGCUGUAUAUGGAAGAGGCCCAGGCAGCCUGGUCAGCCUGGAGGCUGAGAGCGGGCCCGGGAGAUCUGGGGAGGACAUCAGUAUCCCCACAAAGAGCAGCAGGGCCUCAGACGCCGGCAGCCGCAGCCUUGAGAGCCACCACAGCAGCCCAUUGGUCUGGGGGGUCAAAGGUGGAGGCUGUCAGAGGGGCAGUGCAGGGGCUGCUGGGUGAAGUUCCCUGUAGUGGGAGCACCCAUCCUGCUGUGACUCUGCCCUCCUGGACCCCCUGCCGUCCUAGACCCUCCUGGACCCUCUGCCCUCCUGGACCCCCUGCCCUCCUGGACCCCCUGCCCUCCUGGACCCCCUGCCCUCCUGGACCCCCUGCCGUCCUAGACCCUCCUGGACCCUCUGCCCUCCUGGACCCCCUGCCCUCCUGGACCCUCUGCCCUCCUGGACCCCCCGUCUGUGGCCCCUGCUCCUCUCCUUCCCUGACACACGACUGGCCCCGAUCUGUAGCUGGGGUCUGAGCACUUGGGGCCCUGUGGGCCUCUUGGUAUCCAGGGACAAUCACAGGUUCCCGUGCCCACGCCCAGCCUCUGCUUCCAGAACACACCACAGGGUCCCAGCAUCCUGAUGACUCCACUGUCCCCGCGAUGGUUUUCAGGGAUGGAGAAGUUUCCCUGUGCUCCGCAGGAACCCUGCAGCAGGGCUGACGGCCUGUGUACCCCACCACUUGCCCAGGGGCCCCAGACCCUCCCCCAUCUCCACCGCCAACCCGGGCCCAGGCCGUGAGCUGCUGUCCCCAGAUGGGGCCGCCCCUGGCUGGCCUGGCUCACUCCGUGUCACAGAUAUUCCCACAGAGACCCCAGCGAGACCUGCAGAACAUUACAGCAAAAUGAAGGAGAGCCAGAGGAAGAGGCAGAUGUGCUGGCCUGUAAACAGUCUGAUUUCCAAUGUAAACCAGAUUCAGGCCACGACAUCAGGUAAACAUCUGCAUCACAGCCCUGGGCCCCACCGCCCGGGAGGCCCCGGGGUCCACACGGCCGACUCUGGGACCCGUCACAGUGACCGCUGAGACAUUUCGUAAUUAGGCAGAAUUGAU